UCUCCUUCUUUCUUCUCUUUCUCACACAUGGACCCAUUUUUCUUCUUGACCAUCAAAUGUCAACCGCCGCCUCCUCCUCCCCCGUCUUCCUCUUCCACCCUCCUCUUCCACCGUCGCCUCCACACGACUCCAACCACUCUUACCUCACUACUCUAGGCUUUGGCUACUCCAUAGCCAUAGCUCUCGGUUUCCUCGUCCUCCUCUCCACCGUCCUUUUAUCCUCCUACAUCUGUUGCCGCGGCUCUCGCCGCCGCACAACCGCCGUUGAAUCCACCAGCGCAAGCGUUAUACUCCCUCGCGUAAUCUUCGUCGCGGAAGAAGAUCUUGAAGCGGGUGACGUCAACGUGGGACUUGACCAAGCCGUCAUAAACUCUUACCCUAAGUUCCACUUCUCAAAAGAAACCUCCGCCGCGUCUUCCGAUGGUUUUGGCAGCGGUGGAGAUACGACUUGUUCGAUCUGUUUGUGUGAGUAUAGAGAAGCGGAGAUGUUGAGGAUGAUGCCGGAGUGUAAACACUACUUCCAUUUAUGUUGUCUUGAUGCGUGGCUUAAACUAAACGGAUCUUGUCCUGUUUGUCGGAACUCGCCGCUUCCGACUCCGACGUCUACGCCUCAGUCAACACCUUUGUCGGAAGUUGUGCCGCUCUCACAAUAUGCCGCUGACCGGAGGAGAGCAAGAAGAUGAGAUAUUUUUACUUAGAUCUAUAUUCGCCUAAUUACUAGGGUGUAUUAUUAUUAUUAUUGGCUCCGUUUCAUUACAACUUCACUGAUUUGUAAUUAAAAAUUCCAUCAAAAGAGGAGUUUGCCAUUAAUAUCAUCGAAAUGAAAUUCA